GAUCGAUUACACAUUAUCGACUAUCGUCUAUUUGAAGUGAUAUUUUCGCUACAAAAAGUGAUUUGGUUUUUUAUAACGCACACAAUUAAAAUAAACAAUAACAGUUUUGUAUUAAAAAUUAUUUUGGUUUAAAUCUGAAUAAAACAAUGUUUUCGAAUCUUUCAUUCAAAGAGCGACAAUAUAUAUUAAAAGAGUUUCCAGAACUAUCACCAAAUUUAAUAAAACGUUACGAAAAAACGUUUACUAGAUAUGACACGGACAACGACGGAUAUUUGGAUGUCGAAGACCUCAAAGGAAUGAUGAUGGUGCGUGGUGUUCCAUGGACUCACUCAGCGAUUGUACGGCUUAUCAAAGACGCAGAUGAAGAUGGUGAUGGAAAACUGAGUUUUCGUGAGUUUCUGAUAACGCAACGCAAAAACGUGGAAUGGGCCCGCCGAGUGUUGUGUGCCCUGCCUGAGAUCGACGUCGGCCGCGUGGGCGUCAAAGGGGCCAAGAAAUACUUCGAAGCCAAGCAGCCGUUGCCUCCACAAGCAAACCAUAAGAAUAAUAUGUCAUAUUAAAAGAAGAACAAACGAUUAUUGCACAUAAAUAAUACUUCAUAUAAUAUAGUGUCUCAAGCUGGUGAUUGCCCCCAUAAACUUUUUCCUGAUUACCUAUAUAUUUUAAAACAAAAUUACGUCGUAUAAUUGUUAUUUAUUACUAAAUUGUAAAGAGCCACAAUUGUUAUGGUAUAACAUAGUUAUAUAUAGAUUGUAAUUUUUGAUUCACCUGAACUCGAAAUUAAGAAAAUUCAAGUUUUUUUGCGUUUGUUAAACAUUUACGAUGACCAACAUUAAUGUAAAUAUUUAAAAGUUAAAUUAUUACUAAUUUCCAUAUAGGUAGGUUUCUAACGUAAUCAGAUAAAUUUUCAAACAAUAGACAGGUAGUCAAUAGCAGCAUUGUACCUAUAUAAGUAUGUAUGGUGAGCGCCAAACUGUAAUGUUUAAUGGCCAUUGGGUGACAAACACCACGAGACACACUCCAUCGGUAUAAAUACAAGGCUUACCUACGUCGAACAUUUUCGUAACACAUUUUUUAACUCGUUUUAAAUGAGGAGUAAAAAAUGAAACGCCCAUAUUUAUGAUAAUUUAUUAGCACACGAUUCACGCACUUGUUUAAAUCAAUUAUUAUUUUUUUAUAAAUUAUAGUUUAUAAUGUUAACAACAAUAAAAAAAAUAAAUACAUAAUACUGUGUGUUAAUGUGAAUAAGAUGAAUGUUUAUGAAAU